AAGAGGAAGGAUAGCAGUGGGAGUGAUGAUAGAACUCGUAACCUACGUGAUAUAUUCAACACAUUCGAUAAAGAUAAGGAUGGUGUAAUCGACAGACAUGAACUGAAGCGUGGCUUCCAAGAUCAUGGAAUGGAGAUACAAGAGGAUCAAAUAAGCAAGAUGAUGGACAUUGCAGACUCAAACAAGAAUCAUAAGAUAGAGUGGGAGGAGUUCUAUGAUUUGUUGUCUGAUUCAAAAUCACAUGAUAUAGAGGACAUUGCAGAGUAUUGGUUACAGUACUCUUCAAAGCCAAUUGUACAUGCACCUACAGAGGCACCGAGCUGGAAGCUGUUGCUGGCCGGUGGUGUGGCCGGUGCCGUCUCACGAACUUGCACAUCGCCUCUGGAACGACUAAAGAUCCUGAACCAGGUGCAAUCGAUGCAGCUGGAAAAGGGUGGUCCACAAUACGCCGGUGUCAUCCGCUCGCUCAUCACAAUGUUCAAGACCGAAGGCUUCAUCGGUUUCUUCAAAGGCAAUGGUACCAACGUCAUCCGUAUCGUUCCAUACUCUGCCAUUCAGUUCCUAUCUUAUGAAAAGUACAAGAAGCUAUUCCUUGGACAGGGACAGUCACAUUUGACUACAGGCCAGAACUUGUUCGUUGGUGGAUCAGCUGGCGUCACAUCACUUCUAUUCACAUAUCCACUGGACUUGAUUCGUUCUCGAUUGACUGUACAGGUACACGAGCAGAGGUACAAUGGUAUCAGUGAUGCUUACAAAAAGAUCGUGGCUGAGGAAGGCUAUGCCGGCCUCUACAAAGGUCUAUUCACAUCGGCUCUUGGAGUGGCACCUUAUGUAGCAAUCAACUUCACGACAUAUGAGUCACUCAAGUUCUUUUUCAGCCAGGAUAGACACUUGACAAUACCAGAGAGUCUGGCAUUUGGAGCACUGUCUGGUGCCACCGCUCAGACAUUCACAUAUCCAAUCGAUCUGCUGCGACGUAGACUACAGGUGCAGGGCAUAGGCGGCAAGCCCAAGAUCUAUAAUGGACCGUACGAUGCAUUCAGAAAGGUGAUACAGGAGGAGGGCUUCAAGGGCCUGUACAAGGGCAUGAUACCAUGCUAUCUCAAGGUGGUGCCAGCGAUCAGCAUCAGUUUCUCUGUGUACGAAAUGAUGAAGAAACUACUCGACAUCAACACAUCAAAGAUAUCAAUUCAAACUUGA